GGCCUGCUGGCAGGCUGGGAACAUCGGGUACAGAGAGUGUCUCCCUUGGUCAUCCUGGCUGCAAGACCCCAAGAGGUGGGUUCCCAACACCUGCGUCCCAACAGGAUCCUACCUCAGCCUCGACUACCCACGACCAUGCCCAAGAUCAGCUGACCAGAAAGACGGGCUGCGGGUUCAGCUGCCCAACCACAGAGUCAGAUAACACGGCAGGGACCAGCAAGAUGCCGCUUUUCUUCCGCAAGAGGAAACCCAGUGAGGAGGCACGGAAACGCCUGGAAUACCAGAUGUGUCUGGCCAAAGAAGCGGGGGCUGAUGACAUUCUUGACAUCUCGAAGUGUGAACUCUCAGAGAUUCCAUAUGGGGCCUUUGCAACGUGCAAGGUUCUGCAGAAGAAGGUGCUAAUUGUCCACACGAAUCACCUCAGCACUUUGCUCCCGAAAUCCUGCAGCCUCCUGAGCCUUGCAACCAUCAAGGUCCUGGAUCUUCAUGACAACCAGCUGACAGUCCUUCCAGAUGAUCUAGGGCAGCUGACAGCCUUGCAGGUAUUAAAUGUGGAAAAAAACCAACUGACAUCACUCCCGCGCUCCAUUGGGCACCUGGCCCAGCUCCAGACCCUCAAUGUGAAAGACAACAGGCUGAAGGAGCUGCCCGACACCCUGGGGGAACUUCGCAGCCUGCGGACUCUGGACAUCAGCGAAAACGAGGUGCAGCGGUUACCGCAAAUGCUGGCGCACGUCCGAACCCUGGAGACCCUGAGCCUCGACGCCUCGUCCAUGGUGUACCCCCCACAGGAGGUGUGCAGUGCUGGCACCGCGGCCAUUCAGCAGUUCCUCUGCAGAGAGUCAGGCCUGGACUACUACCCUCCUUCCCAGUACCUGCUGCCUGUGCUAGAGCGGGACGGAGCUGAGAGCUGCAGGGACUGCCCUGAUGGGCUCCUGGAGAGAUUCUCACAGGAGGAGCUAGAGUGGCAGAACAGGUUCUCUGACUACGAGAAGAAGAAGGAGCAGAAGAUGCUGCAGAAGCUGGAGUUUGAGCGGCACCUGGAGCUCGGGCAGCGCGAACACGCACAACUCCUUCUGCAGAGCCACAAUCAGAAGGAUGAGAUCCUACAGACAGUCAAGGAGGAGCAGUCACGGCUGGAGCAGGGCCUGAGUGAGCGCCAGCGCUAUCUAGAUGCCGAGCGCCAGCGACUGCAGGAGCAGCUCAAGCAGACAGAGUUGGACAUCUCAGGCCGGAUCCAGAGGCUCCUGCAGGAGAACCAGAGGCAAAAGAAAAGCUCUGAGAUUCUGAAGUCAUUGGAAAACGAAAGAAUAAGAAUGGAACAGCUAAUGGCUAUAACCCAGGAAGAGACGGAGAAUCUGCGGCGUCGAGAGAUUGCCUCGGCCAUGCAGCAAAUGUUGACUGAGAGCUGCAAGAACCAGCUCAUCCAGAUGGCCUAUGAGUCUCAGAGGCAGAGCUUGGUGCAGCAGGCCUGUUCCAGCAUGGCUGAAAUGGACCAGCGGUUCCAGCAGAUUCUGUCAUGGCAGCAGAUGGACCAGAACAAAGCGAUCAGCCAGAUCCUGCAGGAGAGUGCCAUGCAGAGGGCUGCCUUCGAGGCACUGCAGGUGAAGAAGGACUUGGCCCACCGGCAAAUCCGCCACCAGAUUAAGUUAAUAGAAACUGAGUUAUUGCAGCUGACACAGCUGGAGUUAAAGAGGAAAUCCCUGGACACAGAGACACUGCAGGAGAUGGUCUCAGAGCAGCGCUGGACCCUCAGCCGCCUGCUGCAGCAGCUGCUCAAGGAGAAGGAGCAGCGUGAGGAGGAGCUGCGAGCCAUCCUUAUGGAGCUCGAAGCCAAAAGUGAAACCAAACAGGAAAAUUACUGGCUGAUCCAGUACCAGCGACUCCUGAACCAGAAGCCCUUGUCCCUGAGGCUGCAGGAGGAAGGCCUGGAGCGUGAGUUGGUGGCCCUCCUGGAGGAGCUGUCAGCCGAGCAUUACCUGCCCCUCUUUGCCCACCACCGCCUCUCACUAGACCUGCUGAGCCGGAUGAGCCCCGGAGACCUGGCCAAGGUGGGCGUCUCUGAGGCUGGCCUUCAGCAUGAGAUCCUGCGGCGAGCCCGGGCCCUGCUGGAUGCUGCCAGGGCUAAGCCAGAGCUGCUGAAAGCACCCAAGGUUGAGGCCCCUGAAGAGCCCCCCAAUGCCCCUGAGGAGGCACCUGCAUCUAUAACGCCAUCAGCGCCUCCACAGGAACUGGAGGUGUCCACCUCAGAGUGUGUGGUGUGUCUGGAACGGGAGGCCCAAAUGAUCUUCCUCAACUGCGGCCACGUGUGCUGCUGUCAGCAGUGCAGCCCGCCUCUGCGCACCUGCCCGCUGUGCCGCCAGGACAUCGCCCAGCGCCUGCGCAUCUACCACAGCGGCUGACCACGGCCACGCCCCCAGCCCGGCCACAGCGCUUCUACACUGGACACGGAGCCGGCCCCUGACUCCGCCCCUAGCGCUGCCCAUAAAAGAGCCUGCUCAUCUACAUGGGGGCAGAGUCUGCGCCUGACUCCGCCCUCGACUCCACCCCUCGU